AUGGAUAUUCCAACUCCCAAGAAGCCGCGGAUCUUAGACACGCCCGUGAAACUGUUGGCUACGUCGCCCGAUCGGAAAAAUGUGGUAUCGCGGGGGUCGAGUGUGUCAACGACGAUGGGCUUGAGGGGACCAAGCCUGCAACCGCCGGUCGCGCACCAAAUAUCGCGUGGCAGAUCGCAGUAUAGUCAGUCGCCACCCAGGUCACCAAACCGGUCGCCAGGCCGUGCAGUGGAGUUGAUUCAACUGUCUCCCAUAAAGAACAGCCGGCUGGAACUGCAGCGUCUCUAUGAUACGAAGCAAAAGAAAGUAGAGCGUCUGUGCAUUCGCACUCUUGUAUUAGAGAACUUCAAGUCUUAUGCGGGACGGCAGGUGGUAGGGCCGUUCCAUAGCUCGUUUUCGGCUGUGGUCGGGCCCAAUGGCUCGGGCAAAUCCAAUGUUAUUGACUCUAUGCUGUUUGCGUUUGGGUUUCGCGCUAACAAGAUGCGGCAAGGUAAGCUAUCACACCUGAUCCACAAGUCUGAAAAAUACCCCGACCUCGACUUUUGUUCUGUUGAAAUUCAGUUUCAGUAUGUGGUCGAUGAGCCUGAUGGGACAACCAGAGUGUUGUCAGGCAAGCCAGAGUUGUCUGUUAUGCGUAAAGCCUUCAAGAACAAUACCUCAAAAUACUACCUCAAUGGGAAAGAGAGCACAUAUACGGAGGUGACUCGUCUGCUAAGGGAUGAAGGCAUCGACUUGGAUCAUAAACGUUUUCUCAUUUUACAGGGAGAAGUCGAGUCUAUAGCACAGAUGAAACCCAAGGCCGAACAUGAGGGUGACGAUGGUCUCUUGGAAUACCUAGAAGAUAUUAUAGGUACAACUAAGUACAAGGCUCAGAUAGAACAAGCUCUGGUAGAGGUAGAUUCGCUGAACGAUAUCUGCAUGGAGAAGGAAAAUCGGUUUGAUUUGGUAGAAAAGGAGAAACUUUCUUUGGAGCCAGGUAAAGACGAAGCGCUAGCAUUCCUUAAAAAGGAGAAGGACCUGACGCUGCUCAUGUCAAAGAAGUACCAAUACCAUCUCUUCCACAAUGGGAGUAAACUUGCAAAGACGUUGAGCAAUGUCUCCAACACUAUGAAUAAACUGGAACAGGAGAAAGCCAAGAAGGUCGAGGCACAGAAAGAGAUCGUGGAGCUGACAGACGCUUCAGAGCAGUUAGCGAACCGCCUGGUUAGCAUGAAUAAUACAAAUAAGGAAUCAUUAGCCAAGAUGCGCCAAUUGGAGCGUGAGCUGGUUUCUAACGAGGAAAAACAGAAAAGUUUACUUCAGAAACGUUCGAAGGCGGAAAAGACUCUCAACACGGUCGAGAAGAGUAUUAAACAAUGUGAAAAUAAGAUAGAAGAAUACAUCAGUCAAAAUCAAGAAUACGAGACUUCUUUGACCACUUUGAAUCACACUAUUGUUGACGCUCAAGCUGAGUUGGAGAAAAUGAAGCUAGCCCUUAGCGAUAAGACAGGCGAUAUAACCAAAGAAGUAGCAGUUUUGGAAAAGGAACUUGAACCCUGGACAAAUAAAGUCGAGGAGAAAAAAUCAGAAAUCAAACUGGUAGAAUCGGAGAUUUCUAUAAUAAAGGAAGCUGAUCUAAAGCUAGAAUCCGAAAUUGCAAAUUUAUCUCAGGAAAUUGAGCAGCUACGAGGUAACAUAUCGCAUAGAGAAGAGUCAAUUGAGACAUUAAAUGUCGAGUCCUCUAGUAUACGUGAUUACAUCCUUGUCGGGGAGCGAGAGUGCACAAGCGCUCGCUCCAAGUUAGAAGAGAUGAAGAAAGUACUUGUAACACAUAGACAGCGUGUGAAUGAUGCCAGAUCAGCUGUAUCCAGUGCAGAGAAUAAGAACAAGGUUUUGACUGCAUUGUCCCGUCUUCAGAAAUCUGGCCGUAUAGACGGUUAUCAUGGUCGAUUAGGAGACCUAGGAACGAUUGAUGAUAAAUAUGACAUUGCUAUUUCAACGGCAUGUCCUAGAUUAGACGACAUUGUUGUGGAUACAGUUGAGUGCGGACAACAGUGUAUUGAACACUUGAGGAAGAACAAGCUUGGUUAUGCCCGGUUUAUUUUACUUGAUAAAUUAAGAAAGUUUAAUUUACAACCUGCGCACACUCCGGAGAAUGUUCCGAGACUUUUUGAUCUUGUUAAGCCUAAAGAGCCGAAGUUUGCUCCGGCAUUCUAUAGUGUUCUCCGGGACACGUUGGUUACUACUGAUCUAAGUCAAGCGAAUAGAGUUGCAUAUGGCAAAAAGCGGUACAGAGUAGUUACCCUGGAUGGUAAACUAAUCGAUAUAUCUGGUACCAUGACUGGAGGUGGGGAUAGAGCAGCAAGUGGUUUAAUGAAAUCAACACAGCAGUCAAGUUUGUACACCCCUGAAGAGGUGCAAAGGAUGGAAGAAGAACUCAACGAACGUGAAAAGAAUUUCAAGGUUGCAUUUGAAACCUUUCAGGAGAUGGAAUCUGCUCUUCAAAACUAUCUUGACCGGCAGCCAGAGAUUGAAGUUGAACUUUCCAAACAGAAAAUGGACAUUGAGACUAUCUCUGCGGAACUAGAGUCGAAAAUUGAGAGGAAGCUUGAAUUAGAGCGCAGUAACAAAACCAGUAUAGAGGAUAGUAGCGAAUUGCGCACUGCAGAGGAAAAAUUAGCAGCCUUAAAUGCGGAUUUAAACUCUUUCAUGAGUGCAUCAGAGAGCAAGAAUCAACGAAUUAAGGAACUUCGUGCAAAAAUAAUGGAAAUUGGUGGUUUAGAACUUCAAACUUUGAACUCGAAAGUUGAUUCUUUGAAUCAGCAGAUAAAAAUAGUUGCUGCCAAACAAAAGAAGGACAAAACGGCUCAGAAGAAAGCUGAACUUGAGUUAAAACGUGCUAGAAAGCAGCAAAUUACUGCCAAAGAUGAUAUAGAGCAUUGUGAUAUAGAAAUCCAGAAGAUGAAGUCAAGUUACGAUACUAUCAGCACCGGGAUGCAGGAACUCCAGAAACAACUUUCUGAUCUACAGGAAGAGAUUGGAACGCUAACGGAUGAGCAUGCCGUCACAAAGCAUGAGCUAGAUCAAAAGAACGAGAAAAUCGACUCCUAUAGUUCAAUAGAAAUUGAACUUACUGAACAAUUACAGAAAUUGCAAAAUCUAGCAAAUUAUUUAAAGAAAGAAAUGAACGAGUACGACAGUAAAUUGAGUCAUUUGAAGUUGAGAGAUUUAGGCCAAGUGAUGCUAGAUUUGGAAGAAAAUAAAUCUUUACAAUCGUUUAGUCACUCGCCGACACCAGACACUAAGCGGGAGAAUAUCCAGUCUUCCAUGCUUGAAACGCACCUUGCGUCACCUUCACCAAACGAGCGAAAGAUAUCUAUUGCGGAAAAUAACUUAUCGAUGGAGGUUGAUGAACAAGCUUCAGUUUUGGAGAAUGGCCUACCAAAGUUGCCUGAUUCAGAGCUAGCGAGGGUAGAUUUGGAAGAUUUAGAACGCGAUAUUGUCCAAUUACAAGAUUACAUCGACAACUCUACUGUAGAUAUCGAAAUUUUGGACGAAUAUGCGAAAAGAUUGGCUGAAUAUCGCAGAAGAAGAAUUGAUUUGAACGAGGCAAUUAUGAAGAGAGAUGAAACGCGUAUGCAUUGUGAAGUGCUAAAAAAGAGGCGACUUGACGAAUUCAUGGAAGGUUUUGGCAUCAUUUCAAUUACUUUAAAAGAAAUGUAUCAGAUGAUUACCAUGGGUGGUAACGCCGAGUUGGAGCUGGUGGAUAGUUUGGAUCCGUUUUCUGAGGGAGUACUCUUCAGUGUUAUGCCCCCUAAGAAAAGUUGGAGGAAUAUAUCAAAUCUUUCGGGUGGUGAGAAGACACUAAGUUCCUUAGCCUUAGUCUUUGCUCUGCACAAGUAUAAGCCCACGCCGCUAUACGUGAUGGAUGAAAUUGAUGCAGCUUUAGACUUUAGAAAUGUUUCUAUUGUGGCAAACUAUAUUAAAGAACGUACCAAGAAUGCCCAAUUUAUUGUUAUCUCAUUGAGGAAUAACAUGUUUGAAUUGGCACAACGAUUGGUGGGCAUAUACAAAAACAGUAACAUGACUAGAAGUACCACACUUCAAAACAGAGAUAUUAUAAAUGUAUUAUAA